UACUGUUCGUACGUAGCAUUCGAAUGCGCAUGCGUGAAGUGUUUGAACUAUAGUGUACACGGACGCCGGCAUACCAGAAAGACCAAAUGAUCGAGUAGCGCAAGGGAGAAAGUGUGUGGUAUUUUGUUGUCAAGUCUCGGAAGUUUUUUAAGGUUACCAAGUUCGUAAAAUGCGCCCUUCUGUAUAAAAAUGAUAUUCCAAUCUCAUAUGACGUGCGUUCCGAGUGCGACGGAAGUAAAGUAUUUCAAAUUCAUGGAGAGGCCGUAUAUUUGAACACGAAUACAAAUACAAAGGUGACGUUCAUGUUCCACAGGUGUUCUCAAGGACUAUGUAGCAGCGUAACUUUAUUGCAAUAAAGUGGGGCGUUCUGAUUACGUAGAAAAUGUGUGGACUGGUGUGGUGUUGUAUGCAGUAGUUCUGUUGCUCUGGUAAAAUUGGGAAGUGUUGGUAGUGGUUGUCAGGUGUGCAUCGACCUUCUGUGGACCUCUCGGCCGGUUAUGGUCUGUGGACAAAGAAUUCACAAAACAUUCAGUGGGAAGAUGGAGGAGAAAGAAAGGCAUGUUUCCAGAUGUCGGACGUUUCGAAUAUGCAGUACUUUUCUGCCGAAAACUUACGGGCAACCGUUAUUGACGAUAGUUGUUCUUCUGACAGUCUGCCAGACAUCAUGUGCUGCCGAUCUCCUGCAGGCACCCCGGUUCACUAUGCAACCCUCAUCGUCCGACAGCAUUGUUAGCGAGGGACGGACCAAGAUCCUGCAAUGCCAAGCAAUAGGAUACCCAAAACCCAAAUACCAGUGGCUGAAGGAUGGAAUUGCUUUAGGGGAAUUUUCAUCGGAACAUUUCUAUCGGAUUCACACCAUACAGCGUGGGGAUGCUGGCAGUUACCAGUGCAUUGCUCGAAAUGAUGUUGGGUCCAUCUUCAGUGAGAAGAUUUCUGUGUCUGUUGCAUAUAUGGGCACAUUCAAAGAUGCAAGUGAAAAGAAAGUUGUUCUGGAAGCAGGACAGUUUGCGGUGUUGGAUAUGCCAGCUAUUGACAGCCACCCCGCUCCAUUAGUAACAUGGUUCACUGAUGGAGAGGCACAAUUAUACGAUCGCAAGUUUGCUGUGACAGCACAGAAUCAGCUUGUCAUUCUGGAUGCAAGUCCAUCUGACCAAAAGGCAUACAGGGCACAGGCAGUCAACCCACAGAUUGGCAGAGAGGAGUACAGUGCCUUUGUAAGAUUGUUCGUGACAGGGGAUGCACCAGCAGAAAUUGCACCAGAAAUAGUUGUGAAACCUGCUGACAUGCACAUCGUGAAGGGAGAGGCUGCUGUUGACUUGCAUUGCAUAGCUAAUGCCAGUCAUUUGCAAGCAGUACAAGGCCUGAAACUUUGGGUGAGUAUGGGACCAUAGUGACCUUACCUUGUGAGCCUGUGGGUGUUCCCAGCCCCAACAUUGUGUGGUUCCGUAACACAGAAAGGGUCGAGACUAUUCCUGGUAACAGAUACUCUGUUAUUGAAGAUGGUUCUCUGGUGAUAAAGAAACUGAGAAUGGAAGAUUCCGGAAUGUUUCAGUGCCUGGCUGCCAAUGAGGCAGGUGAAGACUCUCACUACACUUGGCUCAAAGUUAAAACUGCUGUUCCAGUAAUGGAGACACCACCCCAAAAUGUAACGGUUCUGGAUGGAAAGGAUGCAACCAUUACUUGCCGGGCUGCUGGAGCACCCACUCCCAAUGUCACUUGGAUAUAUCAGGACAACAAAGCAGUGGAACCAUCAGGGCGAGUGCAGGUGCUGGAUCCAGGUGAUCUUCUAGUUGCUGCGGUGAAGGAAGGUGAUGCUGGUCACUACACUUGUAUUCGUGCUAAUGAGGCGGGCGAGGUGCAUGCCUCAGCCUACUUGACUGUCUUAGUGAGAACACAGAUUAUCCAGCCUCCAGUGGACACUCAGGUUUUGCUGGGUCACACAGCUACACUUCAGUGUAAAGUGUCAAGUGAUCCAACUGUCCCAUUUGACAUUGCAUGGUUCCACAAUAAUGAGGUCCUUAGCGCCAGCAACAGUGCCCGCAUCUCCAUUCAAAGUGAUGGUACCCUGGAGAUUCAGGCUGUGAGAGCUGCUGACGUCGGAGAAUACACUUGUGCUGUGAUGUCUCCGGGAGGAAAUGAGACCCGUUCAGCCCGGCUUAGUGUUAUUGAGCUGCCAUUUUCUCCUGUGAAUGUUCAUGCAGUCCGCUUGGAAUCUCUGUCUCAGAGGGCUGUGAAUGUGAGCUGGACACCCGGGUUCGAUGGCAAUAGUCCGACUCUAAAGUUCAUAGUGCAGCGCCGGGAAGUGUCAGACUUAGGACCUAUUGCUGAUCCACUUCCCAACUGGGUGACUGAAUUGAGCAAUGUGUCUGCUCAACAGCGCUGGGUUUUGUUGACCAGUCUGAAGGCAGCCACAUCAUACCAGUUCCGUGUGAGUGCUGUCAACAGUGUAGGGGAAGGCUCGCCAUCAGAGGCCAGUAAUGUCGUCACUUUACCACAAGAAGCCCCCUCUGGUCCUCCCUUGGGGUUUGUGGGGUCAGCCAGGUCGCCAUCUGAAAUCAUCACCCAGUGGCAGCCGCCAUUGGAAGAGCACAGAAAUGGACAGAUCUUGGGUUAUGUCAUACGAUACCGUCUGUAUGGAUACGUUGAGAGUCCCUGGACUAGCAGAAAUAUUACAAAUGAGGCCCAGAGGAAUUACUUAAUUAAAGAACUGAUCACCUGGAAGGACUAUGAGAUUGAGAUUGCUGCUUAUAAUAACAUGGGCAUUGGGGUCUUCAGUGAAGGAGUAAAAAUCAAAACUAGAGAAGGAGUUCCCGAGGCACCCCCAGAGAAUGUUCGUGCACAAGCCCUCAACUCUACAGCAGUGCAAGUUUGGUGGAAACCCCCAGAUCCUCAGAAGAUCAACGGAAUAAAUCAAGGAUACAAAUUGCAAGCAUGGAAAGGUGAUCCAGCGACCACUGAGCGAGAUGCACGAUCCAUGACAGUACCCCCUAGUCUACUGGACCCAUUAGCAGAGCAGAGUACAGUUAUGGGCGGGCUCGAGAAAUUCACAGAUUACAAUAUUACUGUCCUAUGUUUCACUGACCCUGGAGAUGGCAUACGAAGUCAGCCUUUUGAAGUGAGAACAGAUGAAGAUGUGCCAGGUGAAGUGGGCAGUCUUCAAUUUGAUGACGUCAGUGACCGUGCAGUGAAAGUGAUAUGGAAUGAACCAAAACAGAUCAAUGGAAUUCUGACAGGCUAUCAGUUAACAUACAUGGUGAAGGAUCAGCCAGAAACACUGAAGGUGGAAAAUCUAACAUCCGACACUUUGAACAUCAUGGUGAACCAUCUGCAGGCUACGACGCAUUACCGGUUUGAGGUGAGUGCUCGAACUGGUGUAGGAUUGGGCCCAGCUCGUGUAGCCACCAUACAGUCUGGCAUUGAACCAGUUCUGCCACAUCCUCCUACUCGCUUGGCUGUGACAAACAUUGAAGCGUUUUCUGUUGUGCUGCAGUUCACUCCUGGUUUUGAUGGAAAUUCCUCCAUUACUAAAUGGAUAGUUGAGGCUCAGACAGCAAGAAAUGCAACAUGGGUUCCAGUGUAUGAGGUGUCAGAUCCAGACGCUACAACAUUGACAGUCACUGGGCUGGUCCCAUUUAUGCUUUACAAGCUGCGGAUUAUUUCUAACAAUGUUGUUGGAGCCUCAGCCCCUUCAGAGCCCACCAAGGAGUUUCAGACAAUCCAGGCACCUCCAGAUCAUCCCCCAUAUAACGUCACAGUCCGUGCAAUGAGUGCCACUGAGCUCCGAGUGAGAUGGAUUCCAUUGCAACAAGUGGAAUGGUUUGGAAAUCCUCGAGGAUACAACAUCUCGUACCGAGAAGUAGAUGGCUCAGGGAGUGGUGCGAAGUGGCGCAGUGUCACUAUAGACGAUCAUACAGCAAAUUCUCACAUCUUGGAAAAUCUGGAAGAAUUUGCCCAGUAUGAGAUCAUUACGCAGGCUUACAAUGAUGUUGGCAGUUCAAAACCAAGUCCCAUAGCUGUCGAACGUACGCGUGAAUCUGUUCCAUCGUUUGGGCCAAUGGGUGUAGAAGCAAACGCAACUUCUUCUACAACAAUUGUAGUGAAAUGGGGUGAUGUGCCUAGGGAGCAUCAGAAUGGUCAGAUUGAAGGAUUCAAAGUCUAUUAUGGAUCCAAUCCAAGAUUGCCAUUUCAGUACAAAGAUAUUCCUAACAACUCAACACAGACUACAACACUCACUGAGCUGCGAAAAUAUGUGCAGUAUCACAUUCAAGUCUUGGCAUAUACUCGUUUGGGAGAUGGGGCCCUGAGUUCUCCUCCAGUACGUGUUCGGACCUUCGAGGAUGCUCCUGGGGCACCGUCCAAUGUAUCAUUUCCAGACGUAUCAUUGACGAUGGCCCGCGUUAUAUGGGAUGUCCCAGAUGAACCAAAUGGAGAAAUUUUAGCAUAUCGUGUGACAUACCAUUUACGCACUCACAGUAAUGUCAACUUCUCCCGUGAGUUUCCACCUUCGGACAGAACAUAUCGGGCAACAGAAUUGGCUCCGGAGCAAUAUUACAUGUUCUCGGUGACUGCUCAGACUCGCUUGGGAUGGGGGAAAACAGCCAACGCACUAGUAUUUACUACAAAUAAUCGUGAACGGCCUCAACCUCCAUCUGUACCACAGAUUAGUCCAAGCCAAGUUCAAAGUGAACAGAUUACCUUCAGCUGGACUCCAGGACGUGAUGGAUUCUCUCCUCUAAGGUAUUACACUGUUCAGUAUGCAGAGAAUUCUGGCCCCUGGCAGACGGUUCCAGAGAGAGUUGAUCCUCAGGUUACCUCAUACACGGUGGCCAGCCUCAAGCCCUUCACAUCAUAUCGGUUUAGGAUCCAGGCCACCAAUGACAUAGGUCCUAGUGGAUGGAGUGUACAGUCAGAUGUUGCACAAACACUUCCUGCAGCUCCAAGCAGAGGUGUGACAGGCCUGAAGGUGGUGCCAAUUACCACAACGAGCGUGAGGGUAGAAUGGGACACAGUGGAGAAGAUUUACUGGAGUGGAGACCACAAGACGGGAGGUUAUCGUGUUGAGUAUCGCUCUGAAAAGUUCCCUACAGCAGCACAGGCUACCCCCAAAGAAGAUGUGAUGGGCAUUGCGUCCAACCAGGUGGUGCUGAAGGACCUCACUCGCAACUGUAACUAUGACAUUGUGGUGGUCCCAUUCAACUCCCAAGGUUCUGGACCACCUAGCCCUCCUGUAGCAGUGUAUGUCGGUGAAGCGGUGCCAACAGGGGAGCCACAAGCAGUAGAAGGAGAGGCUGUCUCAUCCACAGAGGUGAGGCUUCAUUGGAAGCCUCCCCAGCAGAGCCAGCAGAAUGGGGACCUGUUGGGUUACAAGAUUUUCUACCUUGUUACGGACUCGCCCCAAGACGAGGAAGAGAUUCGUCGUGAAGAAGAGCUGGAAGUUGUUCCAGCAUCAUACAAUUCACACAGCUUGGUGUUCCUGGAUAAAUUCACUGAAUACAAGAUUCAGAUAUUAGCCUUCAAUCCAGCAGGUGAUGGACCCCCGUCUGGACCCAUAACAGUCAAAACUUUACAGGGUUUACCUGGUGCUCCAAAUAAUCUGAGGUUUUCUGACAUCACAAUGAGCAGUCUGAUGGUGUCAUGGGAUCGGCCUAAGAAACGGAAUGGAGAAAUCAUUGGCUACAUUGUGAGCUAUGAAACAGCUGAACAAAAUGAACGUUUCAGCAAACAGGUGAAGCAGAAAGUAACAGGGACAAAACUGCUCAUACAGACUCUGGAAGAGGAGGUGACAUACACAUUCUCAGUGCGCGCACUGACAAUUGAUUAUGGGCCAGCAGUGACUGGAAAUGUGACAACAGGACCACAGGAGGGUUCACCUGCAAAACCCAAAGAUCUUGUGAUGAGCAAGUCAGUGUCCAGUGUUGACAUGCACUGGGCAAAUGGUCCUUCUGGGAAAGGACCCAUCCUUGGUUACUACAUCCAGAGCAAGAGAACAGAUGACACUAGGUGGCAGACAGUGACACGAACCAAUAAUGGCCUGUUAGAGGAGUUCACAGUAUCAUACCAGAACCUGCUGCCAUCCACGUCUUAUACAUUUCGUGUUAUUGCCUACAACAAAUAUGGGAUCAGCUAUCCAGCUUACUCUGAUGAUGCGGUUCUUACACCAUCAAAACUGUACCUGGAAUAUGGAUAUCUCCAGCAGAAGCCAUUUUAUCGCCAGACUUGGUUCAUGGUAGCAUUGGCAUCUACAUCAGUAAUCAUAAUAAUUAUGAUUAUUGCUGUCCUUUGCGUUAAAAGCAAGAGUUAUAAAUAUAAACAAGAGGCCCAGAAGACAUUAGAGGAAUCAAUGGCAAUGGAUCUUGAUGACAGACAGGAAUUGGCGAUCGAAUUGUACCGUUCCCAUCGUGCAGGAGCCCCAGUUAUGAGUGCAGGGGGCUGUGGAACACUGGGAAAGCGAAGCACUCUGGGACGCAAGUCUUUGAGUCAUCACCAGCCCCCAGGUCCUCCUAUGCUUGGCAAAUCUCCCCCACGCCCCUCACCAGCUUCUGUCACAUACCACAGUGAUGAGGAGAGUCUGAAAGGUUAUGACGAGAAUCCUGAUGAUAGCAGUGUCACCGAGAAGCCAUCAGAGAUCAGCUCGACAGACUCUCAAGGCUCAGAAAGUGAAAAUGAAAGUGAGCGUUCAGAUCCUCAUUCGUUUGUAAAUCAUUAUGCCAAUGUGAAUGAUUCAUUACGGCAAUCAUGGAAACGCCAGAAGCCCGUACGCAAUUAUUCAAGUUACACAGAUUCUGAGCCAGAGGGCAGUGCUGUGAUGAGCCUCAACGGAGGACAGAUCAUCAUGAAUAAUAUGGCAAGAUCACGCGCCCCUCUGCCGGGCUUCUCAUCGUUUGUAUGAUGGUGCUGUGAUCACCAGUUUCACCAAUUCAAUGAUCUCUGUUUGGCUAUAAUAAUUUAAGACUGAGAUGGCAAGUAGUGACAUUGAAUGCGAGAGUUGAUAUAAGUGUGAUAAAGAAUGUGUAGCUGUCUCGAGUUACAUCCUCUAUUGAAUUCUGCUUCAGAGGUGACUGGACAAUUCUGCAUUAUUCUUCUGUAGUCACUGAAACUAAGUAGUAUAUACUUAGAACAAAGUGAGUGGGGGUCAAAAUAUGAGCCAAAGUAGAUAUACGCCAUAUUUAUGUUCUACUGUUGCUCGCCAGUCUGUGAUACUUAGUAGAUAAAGUGUGCUCUCAAGAUAUCCAUACUGUUUUAAGGACCAGGAUAGCUACAGCCUGUAUAGUGACCAGGCUAUGGGUUGGAUGGCCAGGGAACUGAGCUUCAUUUCCUGGCAGAAGCAGAGAGUCUUCUCUUUGUCACCAUGACCAUAUUAGUUCUUGGGCUCACCUAGCCACCUAUCCAAUAUGUACCAGGGGCUGUUUCCCUGGGGGUAAAGGGGCCAGGCCAUGAGGCAGACCACUCACCUCCAUCUAGUGCCAAUGUGAAGAAUGCAUGGAACCAUACCUCCUCAUCCCCAUGUCCUCAUGGACUGGUGCUUAAUCGUGCACAGGAGUAACUUUUAUGAUUUUUGUGCAGUGUGUCUCUGUUACUGUAGAUAGAAUUCCAUUGCAGGUUAAGCGCUACAUAAUUGGGGUGUAGGGUGAAAGUGGUCUCUCACUUUACUUCAUGUACUAGCCGAGUUAAAUAUUAAGAAUUGUGUCCUCUGAAUGCCAGACUAUCACUGGAGACUUCUCAGUGUUCUGUUAACAACAGACGACUUACACUAUAUAGUUAUUUUACAUACCAGGAACAUUGCACAAAAAAUGUUCAUUGUGUGGAGAUAAUGUUGAAUGUGAGCUAGAACAUUAUUUUAAACUGACUGUAUAUAGCAAGAUGUUUGAAAGCUGGUGGUGAAUAUGUCUGAAGUGUAUGUCACUGUGAAGAGGACUUCAGACAGACUAUUUUAUAGACUGUUUUUUCAAUUUCAAAGCCACAAAGACUUGACAGUGUAUAUAUCAUUCCAUAUUUCAGACUAUUAUUUAAGUAGAAUAAGUAAGGGAGAGAUAAAAAGGAAGCCUGAUCAAAUUCUAAUUUAGAAUAAUUCAUAAUUUUAAAUGACAGUGCACAAAAGAGACUGCAUUAACUACUUUUGCAAGUGAAGUAAACUUUACUCGAAUUUAUGUUGCAACGAAUGUUGCAUAUUUGAACGUUUGAAUUGAUACUGAUAUCUUUUUUUGUUGUACUGAGUUUGUCUUCAUAGGUAACCAAAUAGCAUCACAGAGUAAACAGGUAACUUUCCAUUCCUAAUGUUGCUCAGAAGUCUCGAGAGACUUUAUAAUUAUUAUUAUUAUGAUGGUCAUACUUUGUUUAAAACAUCUCAGAGGGUAUGUUGUACCUUGAUUAGGCAAUCUUACAGAAGAAAAGCCCUGUUUAUUCAAGAAGACCUCUGAUGUGGUGAUUUAUGUUCCUGUUGUAUACUGAAAAUAAAAUCUUGUAACUUUCUAAUCAUAUAACAAUCUUUGUCAGUAUCUGAUGAUGAUGUAACCUCAGAGAUGUUUUACACACAGUUUGCCUUAGAUACAUGCGGAAUUUGUACCCUUGCAUAAGCACACACAUAGCAACUGAACUCCAUAUUGGUCCAGCCACAGCAGCAACCUUUCUUAUGGGUAUCUGAGGUUUUCAUGGUAGUGAGUGUUUAUAUUAUCAUCCUGUGGGAUGUGACACCGUGUAGUCCUAUAGUUGUAUACCAAGUUUCAGAAAAGCUUAUGCCCCCAUCUUCACAGUACUAUGAGAUCUUGGAUUUGUAUGAAGCAGAAUUUACAAAUUUACAGAAUUACAAAAUAUAGGUUGUCAAGUAUUAUAUUAACUGCCAGGUAUGUGAAGUACCAUUUAAAUGCCCCAGCUAGCCAUUCUGGAAGAAUAAUUUUAAUGGGGUAUACAUGUUCUUUUGUCAGCUAAAAUUUGAGUCCUGGCAGGAUUAAGAAUUUUCUCUUCUCCACAUUGUCCAAACUGACUGGGGCCCACCAGGGCUCCUAUCCCAGGGGUAAAGCAGCUGGUGUGUGAAGCUGACCACUCACCUCCAGCUACUGCCAAGGUCAAGAAUAUGUGGAUCAAUACAGUCGCUUCCUCAUGCACUUCAUGGCAUAGUGCUUAAUUAGUUAAGCACAGGGACAAUUUAACUUUUUUACCAUAAGAAAAUUUAAUGCAGAUUGAUGUAAGAAUGCUUCAUAAAGGAGCCACGAAGAAACGGUUGCAACCAUAUGAUAUCUCAUGAGCUAAAUUAGUAACUGUUUCAAGUAGUUCAGGAGAAUGGCUUGGGCCAUGCUUAGUGCAAGGCAAAUUCUUGUGAAAUUGGCUGAAGCCAUGUUCGGCAAUUGAGUGUAUUUAAUUUUGCUUCAGCUGUAUACUCAUGUUUAUGUAAAUGUAUAUAUUCUGCAGUGUAUCACCAUUUACUGUAACAAGCAGCGAGACAUUCUAUGGAAUGGUUUUAUAUUGUGUAAUUUGUACUUUUUUAAAACCACUGCCAUUUAAAGUAAUCAUUAUUUAUACUUUAAAGUAUUAUAAACAUUGUGCAAUGCAGUUACAGUAAUUAUUUUCUAAAAUUAAAAGAAUAAAAGGAAUUGCUGAUGUA